AUGCAAUCUACAAGUAGUGAUAAACCAAGAGCAGUUGGAAUUACUCCUAAACAUAAUCUAGUUGAUUUAGAUCAUAUAAUUGAAACUCAAAAUGUUUCAUUUCCAAGUGUAAUUAAUUUACCUAAUGAUAUUCAUGAUUCAAAUCCAAUCGAAGUUUAUAAAUCUUAUAUUCAUUUAAGAUUACAAGAAUAUAUUAGUGAUUUAACUUCAAGAUUAAUGACUGUUUACACUGAUGAUAGUGAAACUACAUUUAUUCAACAAAAUAAAUUUGUUAAUUGGUUAGCUGAUCAAUCAAUUCAUUUCAAAGAUAUUGAUUCUUGGAUACCAGAAGAUUUAUAUCGUUCAAUAAUAACUAAAAGUCAUGAUGGUAAAUUAGUAUUUCCAAAUAACAAAAUUAAAAAACAAAUUAUGGAAUAUGUUGAUAAUUCUUAUGAUAUAAAAUAUGUUAAAUAUUGGGCUGAUUUCAUGGAAAAUUAUGAAAUUGAAAAUACAAAUAUAAAUGAUAAACAUUAUAUUCAAAGUUUCAGAAAUAGAUUGGAAAAAAAAUUUGAAAAAAAAUUAAAUACUGAUAAAUUUUCAAUUUAUGUUUAUACUUUAGCUUUGAAUCUUUGGAUUGAUGAAUUUAAACGUAAUUGUCUUUAA